CAUAAAAACACAAAACAUAAAAAAUAAAAUAAAAUACAAAAACUAUUGAGGAGGAUAUUAACAGUGGUAUUUUGGCAAAAUGGUUAAGAUGGCUAAGGGGGCUGUGGUUCCAGCUACGGAAGCACCUGGUCUCAUAAGCGAAGCCGAAAUGAUGGAGCGACAAAAAAAUUACACCAUCCGACUGCAUGACAUUGGUGCCGCUUGUUCCAACUUCAAGAAUUCACUCGCUCAAUUUAGAAAUCUGGAGGAAGAACGGACGAAUCAAGAGCGCUGGGAUCAGUUUACCCGGUGUGAUGGGUUGCCCAAAGUCCGAUCUCCAGUCGAGAUUAGAACUUUCUUGGCCAAGAUUCGUCACUUUGAAGAGAUCGAAACCCAGAACUCCAUUGACUGGACUCUGGGGGUGGAUGAGCGUAGUAUUCUUACUCAAAAUAUUUAUACGAAGGACCUUACACGAUCGACAUUGGAGAAAACGUCUGUAGACAAUCCGGGCUCAUAUUUUGAGAAGAAUUUAAAGAAUUGCCUGGAAGUAUUGCGACAGGUGGAUGUUUUGAUGGACAACGAGGUGGAAAUGGAGCGCAUAAAUUUUAAAGUGCAAAUGGAUCUCAUGGAGGUUUACGGAGACGUCCAAAGGGAGAUCGAAAACCUCUUUGAUCGUCUUACUUACAGGAUAUUGCGAAUGCAGAAGGUUUACAUGGAAUCCAUUAAUGGUAUAGUGGCUAGGUGGAGUUACUCAUGUGAUCAAUGGCGCAUGGAUCUUUGGGGUCUUUACAACGUUCCCAUAAUCUUUGAGCAGUUGGACGUUCCAUUAAUGUUGGCCGACUUUAAGGCCACAGGUGUCCAGGUUCAGAUACCGGUGAGCGUCCUCUGGGAUUGCGUCACCCUUCGCUGUGUUCACACCAAUUUUGACCACCGUUCCGAGGACGCCAAGAGCUACGAACCACUGACGAUGGACACCUUUAUGGUUCCCAAUUGUGGAAUAACCGACAUGGAAGACUCGGUGGUUGGUGAAUGGCUGAUGCAGCAAGACAUUCAGGAGGAGACUUUGGACAAUAUGAAUCAAAAGCGAGAGGAGUACGAGCAGCUAAUGCAGCUCAUUGUCGAGAGGACCGAACAGGCUGCUAAGGAUGCCAAGUUUGGUAAGACCACCGAUGGUAGUAAGCACCCGAAGAUCGUCAUCCCGAAGACCCCGAAGGUUGUGCCCCUCGUACCGCAAGGAAUGUAUCCCGAAAUAUAUGAUGAGUUUCUUAGUCGUGAGGAUGAGCAAUACAAGAAGUUUUUGGAGAACUACUUCGAUCCGAAACUUCUAAAUUUGUCGUCCGAGGAGAUAAAUCUUAGGGAGUAUAUGAUCAUAGGAGGAAUCUAUAACAUUACAUUCGUGCGUCGACCUGACCAAACGCAAUUCGAGAAGUUCAAUAUAGUCUUGCACGAGGAUGGUCGUGUUCUGAAAGUCAUUGCCGAUGUGGUGGCCGAAGUUGAUGGCCGAAGCUCCCAUAUUAGCGAGUUCACUAGAAUGACUUUUCGUGGCAGCCAAAUGAAACUGGGGGAUGAUGAGCUGCCGUUCUUCGUUGUCACCGUGAAGUUGCCGCCAGAUCUCUGCAGAUGGGGCAAACCGGUGGUUUGUCACUAUUUGAGAGAAGUGGAGGCACCACCACGGACACCGGACAGGAAUACUCUCGUAACGCUUAAUAUAAUCGAUCCCCAACGGAUAUCAUCUCAAUUAACUCAAACGGGAGAGAGCGGCAACCGAUCAAUUGCCAACCAGUUCAAUCCAACCCUAAGAUCAUUCCUAAAACAUAGUGUUUCCUAUGCACAUAUCCUGGAAAAAGGAAUGCCCAUCAAAGAUUUUCCUCUGGACAAGGCUUUGAAUAAGAUAGAAAUUAUGAAGUUAGAGAAAAUGUGUUUGCCUCGCAUAAUUUCUUCCUUUAAGCUACCAAGUGAAUUUACGGAAGACAAUCUGACGGCAGAAGCCCUCAAGUCGAAACCAAAUCGCUUGCUGAAAAGGACUGAAACCGAAAUGGCUGUGGAGACCAAGCCGCCAACGGAAAACUUUGAUUACGAAAUGCAAGAACGCCCCGAAAGGAUGUUUCCCAUUUUCGAAAAGGCAACCCCUUUGGAAUUCGUUCCAUCUGAAUAUUCGACCCCUACCGAUUCAACUAAAAUAACUACUGCUUGUGGAUUGUUGGCAACAUUGGAGGACAUCAAAGAAAAGUACGUGCACAAGCCCUUUCAACUGUUGGACCAAAUCGAAAUCGUACCCAAGAAGUUGGAGAAAAAAAAUGCAGAAGGCAGUAAAAGUGCUUCCAAUCUAAACCCUUCGCGUUCAAGUGACCGAAGGAGUUUCACAGAUGUAAAUGACAGAAAGAGUGUUACAGAUGCGAGGGACCGAAAGAGUAUUACAGAUGGCAAUCUUAAGUUUAAGUCUAGUGGUUCAGAUCAAAAAAUCGGAAAAAACAGAGAUUCGGACCAGCCAAGAGGUUCUGAACAUAAGACAACCAGAAGAAGUGGUUCUGUGAGCAAGCGGCGAUCGACACGAAAGUCUGGAAAGGUGGAGGACCUCUCGAAAUUUCGCCAGGAAGAAAAGGAACCACCUGUGUUGCUGGAUCACUGGACGAAAGAGCACAUUAUCGAAUCGACAAAUGACCAAGUGACCAACACGCUCACCUUCAGGACGACUCGAUUGGGCAUUUUCGGACUGGCCUUCAAACGAUACGAGCACUUUCCUUUCGGCGAUUGGUGUCUGCAGCCCAAUGAGGAUAAUCCCGAUGAGAUCAUUCUUAGCCUCGACACGUUCCAUGUGCGAAUGUUCUUCUACAUCACAUCCCAGGGAGUGCGUGGCUAUGUGACUGAUCUGACCAAGGGUUAUACGGCCAAGCCAGUUAAAUAUCUGGAGAUAGUGGAGCCGAUAUCAGACUUUCGCGUAUUGCGUAAGUUGCUCGUGGAAAAGAAUUUGAACAUCUUUGCGGAAAACGAUGCCAGCUAUUACAUCAAAAACGGUUACUUCUCCGUCAAGCAUGUGGCCACUGAGCUGCACACCUACAAUACCAUGGCCCUGCAAUGCAAGUUGAUGAAAUUCAACCGAUCCAGCUGGAAUCGUCUGGCCACACGACGCGAUAUCAUUAUGGACAUGAAGAUAGCCAAGGACAACACGGACUACACGGAGGUCACAAUGCGUAUAACUCCAGAGAAGACAACGUUUGUCAAGGUCUCCGAGAUGUGUUCGGAUGAUAUAAAAGUGGUCAAGCUUCGUUACGAGGAAACUUGGCGGAACGUUAACAACUAUAACGAUUUCGGUCAGGCCAUCCAAUCGUUGAAUCCCCAUGCCCAGGAGGGCAGUAACAAAGAAGCCAUGCUUUUUGUCUACAUCAAGAGGCUUCUGAAUGAGAUACGUCCUCUAAGUUACUCCUAGAAUCGUCGGCACUUGUGUAUAAAUUUUUCAAUAAUUCAUAUUCUCCAACUAAAGUGAUUUUUUUUCAAAAUGACCUUGCUGUCAAUUACAUUUACAAA